UUGUGAAUGUAGCAGUGUUACGUCAAGUUUUUCUCAAUUUUACUUGCGUAAAUACAUAUAUAUUUACAUAUUUACAUACAUUUAUUGUUACAGAAGAUACUGUAAAAUUUGUAAGAAAAAAAAGAACCCGAGUAUUUUAACGAUGUAUCGUAAUAUUGAAAAUAGUGUAUAUAAUAUCUAUUACUGUAACCAGAAUGAUUAAAGUUGUUCAGUAAGGUAUAUAGAAGGUUAUAAAUAAUUCAGUUUGAAGCAGAAGUGAAAUUUAUUUCAACAGUGAAUCUAUUGAAAAUUCUUUUACAAUUACCUACAUAACAGAACAAUUUCAAAUGCAAUGAAAAUAAACGAGAAAAACAUGGUAGCUUUCGCGACUUCGGCAACACCAGUAGAUCGUGAAGGUUGGUUAAACAAACGUGGUGAAUUAAAUCGUGGCUAUCAAAGAAGAUGGUUUGUUCUUAAAGGAAAUAUAUUAUUUUAUUUCGAUCGACGCGGUGACAAGGAGCCUGUAGGUAUGAUAGUCCUCGAAGGUUGUACUAUCGAACUAGCAGAAGACGAAGAGCAAUUUGGUUUUCAAAUUGUAUUUCAUGGACCAAAUAACAGAAAUUAUGCCCUUGCAGCAGAAUCUCAGGUAAAGGAAUCUAUGGAACAGUGGAUGAAAGCUUUGGCAUGUGCAAGUUACGAUUACAUGAAAUUAAUGGUAGCAGAAUUGCAAAGACAAUUGGAUGCUGCAGAGGAGGAGACAACAAUGGUUACCGCUCCCUCUCAGUCCCCUAAAGCACCACCAAGACAACGGCAUAAUCCUUUUAACAGAUCAGAAAUGCAUCAUCGUUCGCAAAGCGUCAGAUCUGCACCUGGUAGAACAGAAAAUAUUCCAAGGACGAAGAUAACGUUUCGCGAAUUGCAUACUAUGUACGGUAGAAGAAUUUUAGCCGAUUUAAACGAAUGGAGACAUACGAGAAAAGCUGCAGAGGCUCCGUUGAUUAGUUUUUAACGAUGCCUCGUUUUUACAAUCUGUAAAUAUUUAACGAGUUGGUACUUAUUGAACAUUAUUCGAACGUAUCAUUUAUUUUUGUAACGGAAAAAACUUACAAUUGGAAUGUAACAAAAUAUUUCUGAUAGUUAUUAAAACGUUAGAAAUGAUUACGAUUAUACAUACAUACAAUACAAUAGAAUAUAAUGAAAUGAGAUGAAAUGAAAUGAAAUGAAAUGAAAUGAAAUGAAAUGAAUGUACUCGAUAGUAAGAUAGAAUCGUCAGUCAUUCGUACACAAAGUACGUUUACGUUUGUAGCUUGAAAUGUGUGAUUAUAAGUUAAAAUAAUUAUGUACAAAUAUUUUAAGACGUUACAAAGACAUAAUUAUUUAAUUGUAAGAAAGACAAAACGAAUAGAGAAAUGGAACACAUAGUGGUUAGCAUUAUUUCGGUUAUUAUCGAACGAUGCGUAUCUGUAAGUGCAAGAUACAUGAAAAGAUACAGUAUAUUCGGUUGAUAUACUACUAUUUAGGUUGCAGUUAAAUAGAUGAGGCGAAUUAUACGAAAUUGCAAGUAACUAAUAAAUGGUAGAAAUGUUUUAGUUUGCUUUAGCAACUAAAUGCGCACCACCAAUACCAUCUUUUGUAUUAAAUAUUUUAUUAGAAUACUGAUUUUUUGUGUAAAUGAAAAAUAUAUCAAGGUAGAGAAACA